CGGAAAUUAUCUCGUACCAAAAUGGUAAAUAAACAUGGAAUCGGACAAACACUCGGAAGCAGACAAAGGAAACGGGCGUGAAGCGAAUCGACGACUCUAAAACGUGUCCGUCGUUGAAAAAACGCGGUUUUAUGUGUAGGAUAUUUUCAACGCGUAAUAUAAAAAGGCGUGUGUAUUAUUGUUUUUGUUGUAUCGAGACAUUUCCCUUCGAUACAUUUCCCCCCACCAGUUUGUUUUCCGUCUCCCUCUCGAUCGGUUUCCGGCUGACGUGCGAGUGGGACCGAGCGUGCGGUUCGGUUCUCGGUGUGGGAAAAUAAACGCGGUGCGUUUUGUUUAUGGCAGACCAGUGUGUGGUGUGUUGCGCAAAAAGUUGAUUUGCAAUAAUAUCUACUUGAAACGUUGAUUUUACACGACAUUUCACUCUACUUGAAUUAAAAGUUUGUUGCAGUUCUACGUUUAAAAUCGUUUGAUUUUCGAUCUGCAAAAGGGCUUUUAAUUCCUGGUUCAUCAUGGCCUCAGACAAGGAAGACGUGGACGUCGAAUUUGGCGAUGAAUCGGAAAUUGACAAGAUCGUGAACGAGGAGCUGUCUACCAAAGAAACAGCAACAGUCGGUGAUAAUUCAACCAAACGUAAGACUAAGAAGGUACACAGACAGAACAGCAAGGACAACAUCAUCUCCUCGAACUUCAUCAAUGGCCCCCGAUCCUGGAAGAACAGUCGCAGGUCCAGAAAUGGUUAUGGACGUGGCCUUCCUAAGAAAGGGGGUGCUGGAGGAAAGGGAGUUUGGGGCCUGCCGGGAUCUGAGCUACUCGAAACUUACGAAGAUGUCAAUGACCCUAAUUUUGAUAGUGAGAACGUGAACAACGGUGAUGUUGUUCUAAAGGCUGUAAUACCUGAUGUAUCCAGUGAGGAGAUUAAGAAAAAGAUUGAACCAAUUAUAUUAGAGUAUUUUGAAAAUGGUGACACCCAUGAAGCUGCCGCUUCAAUUGAGGACUGCAUUUCACCUGAUCACAGGGAUGUACUUGUUGAGCAAGUUAUUGAGAUUGCUCUGGACCACAAGCCUUCCCAUAGAGAAAUGACUUCAGUACUGAUCUCUGACUUGUUCGGUCACACAAUUACUGAAUUGGACAUUCAAAAAGCAUUUGAAAAUUUACUUUCAAAUAUCAAUGACUUAAUUUUGGAUGUUCCAGAUGCACCGACGGUACUGGGCAAUUUUAUAGCUCGUGCUGUCGCUGACGAUUGCAUUCCGCCUAAGUUUAUCACUACAACUAGAGAAAAGAGUGAUAACAAGGAUUUCCAGGAGGCAUUGAUACAUGCUGACACUUUGCUCUCUAUGAAACAUGGUCUCGUUCGUCUUCACAAUGUUUGGGGUGUUGGCGGCGCUUUGAGACCAGUUAAAGCACUGACACGCCAAAUGGCUUUGCUGUUGGAGGAGUUCAUAUCUUCUGGCGACGUAGAGGAGGCAAGUAGGUGCCUUCGUUUGUUAGAAGUACCCCAUUUCCACCAUGAAAUGGUUUAUGAAGCAAUAGUCAUGGCUCUGGAAGCCAACAGUGCUUCUAAAGAGGAGGCAUUGUGCACCCUACUUAAAGCAUUUGCCACUGCUGUUUUGGUUACGCCUGAUCAGAUGGAGCGGGGCUUUUUGCGUGUCUUAGACGAUCUCCACGACAUAUCCAUGGACGUUCCCCUAGCUUACAUAAUUCUGGACAGAUUUGUUGAUAGAUGUCACAAAGCCGGAUUUCUCACUGAACAAGUCAUCCAGAGAUUGCCUACCAGAGGACGCAAACGUUUCGUCUCAGAGGGAGAUCAGCACUUCUUUAAGAAUUUGAAGCAUUAAGUGAUCUGAUUUUGCUGGCCCUAAGCCACUAGUAGAUUUUCAUCAAUAUGCAUUUGUAUGUUUCGUUGAUUAUCUUAAACUAUGACACACUAGGUGUGUCAUUUAUAUGAUUAUAAAAGUGUUACUUUUUUGUAUAUGUUCUAUGGAAAUAAAGAUUAUUUCAAGUUUA